GCGGUUUGUGGUGAGAUUUGAAGAUCAAGUGGGCAGCUGGAUAGCUAUCUAUAUGAAUAAUGGAUCAGAUUAAUAAUAUCCAGGUCGUUCCAUGUACCAGCUCCAAUCACCUGAAACCGUUCAGAGUGCAUUAUAGUCAGAAAGGGAAAUACCCAACAUGCUACUAGCCAGCAAAAGAAAGGAGGAUCCAAUAGGUGCUCUACAACCAGGACAGAUAGAUUACACAAGACUCCUUGGGACAACUUCCUCGGGACUAACCCAAAAUAAGAGACGGUGGAGCAGAACAAAUGCACUCUUGUUCAUUGUGAGACUGACGUUUCAAUGUCUUCCUCAAAAACUGAAGCAUGGACCGCACCCAGAGAAUGGGACAAAGAAGUCAUGGGACUUCAUGCGAACUCAUGAAAGUGUCUCCAUCCUGAUCUUCAACACCACCUCACACUGCUUUGUGCUUGUAAAGCAAUUCCGCCCAGCCGUCUACGUCUGCGAGUGGGACAAGAGCAAGCCCAGCCCGGGGGAGGAGAAAAAGGAGGGCGAGGAGCAGGCGGCACCAGAGGAGGAGAAGGAGAAAGAGCAGGAGGCAGAGGGAGAGGGGCAGGGAAAGGGUGAGGAGACGGAGGAGGUGGGGAGUGCUCCAGACCUCCCUCCGGCCUCAGCAGGAGUAACGUACGAGCUCUGUGCCGGCCUGGUGGACAAGCCCGACCUCCCUCUGGAGGAAGUCGCCCGGCAAGGGGUCCUGCAGGAGUGUGGCUAUGACGUGCCUGUCGCCAAACUGCGGAAGAUCACCUCCUACAGGUCGGGAGUGGGCGUGACAGGCGCGAAGCAGACCCUGUUCUACGCGGAGGUUUCGGAGGAGAACCACGUGGGUGUGGCCAUGGUGGAGGGCGAAGCUGAGCCGCGGGAGGGCGAGGUGGUCAAGGUGCCCCUCCACGAGGCCAUGACCUUCGCCUACGACGAGAGCCUACCCAAAACCAUGCCCGUCAUCUUCAGCUUCGUCUGGUUCCACAACAACAUGUCGCCCAAGUACAAGAUCUCCACCAAUGUUUAACCACACCCCCCCCCCCCUUUAUGGUCCAUAUCGUAUGGGUGGUUACACAGUAUUUACCUUGAUACUGAGUUUCUAUUCCAUGUCUCUUUGUCUUUGUGGUCGUCUCUCUAUCACCAUUUCUACACACGCUGGUGUUUUGCUGUACUUCAAUUUAUUAAUUGUUUUCAGUGUAAACCCUGGGUGCUGUUCAGGUGGCUCUGAAGUCCAUAUCACUGCAAGUUAUCCCUGUUGGUUUUUGCUGGAUGGAGAAUCUUGAAUUUUAAUAACUUUAUUAACUCAGGCUAGGCUCUCUCUGUAUGACUGUGUCACGCUCCAUUGCUACACACCACACACUCUGUGUUUGCUAUUAUAAUUCACUAUUGUAGUGCUCCCUGAAAGUGAUGUUUAUUUUGUUUCACGAUUGUGGAAAUGUGUCAUCGUAAGAGGAACUUGCAUGUAUUUUCCUUUUGGAAUAAUAGUUGCUCUUUUUCUUCCAACACACUGUAUGAGCAUCCACCUAAUAAUAAUAAGAAGUUGAUGAAGGAUAAGAAUUAUAAUUUUAUUGUAAUUGCAAAUGCAACAUUAUUGAACUGCAUAUACCUAACUAUAUUCAUGUCAGAAACUAAGGUUUAACAUUAAGAAAGUUGUAAUUACAUUGGUUUAUUCUGAAAUCUAUUUAGAAUAAGAAAGUAUACAUCAUAUUUAAUCACUACUGCGUGUUUUUACAUGAAGGAAAUGAUUCAGAUGCGCCUACACACGCACACGCACACACACACACACAAUUUACUGGAAUCUCCAGGUACUGAGCCAUCUAGGGUGACCAUGUAUUGGAUUUUGAAAAAAGGAUGGGCCUGGACAGGUGUUAUGACCAUAAUACCAGGCUAUUUGUUUAUUUUGUUUCUUUAUUUGCCAUCUGUUGUACAAGUAAAACCUAACUGGACAUGAAAUGUAAAUUAAAUCAACUUCUUUAUGAAUUUAGAAACCCACCUGUAUGGAUAUUUCAAGUCCAGAAAGAAGGGUCCAGAAAAAAAGAGGACAUCUGGUCAGCCUAGUGACAUUGUAACGUAUUACAGCAAUUGGCUUAUUGAGUGGUAACAUUAUGCAAAGGAUUAUGUCUAAUUUUCCAUUAUGUUAAAAUAAUUCUGUCAGUUUGUGGGAUUUGAAUGCUUCCUCCACUGAUAUUGCAGUGAAGGGGAGGGAACAAUGUCACUGGAAAAGCAGAAAAAAGGGUGAUAAAAGUGUUAAAAAUAUACAUAACUAAUGGUUUAUUCGCAUGCAAUGUCACCAAUAUCAUACAGCAAUAUACAGGACUCAUCAAACCAGAAUAACAAAAUGCAAUUGCUAAAUAUUUUUGUCAAAUUUGCCAGGGAGCCAAUUUAUAGCAUUAUAUAGCAUUUUUUUUGGAGCUGUAUUAUGCUAUAACAAGUCAUCACCAUGUAACAUUCUAUUAAACUGUUUCCAUGAUGACCUAAUGAAAUAUUACCGAAUUAAUUGUUAACCUCAUCAACCAUUGUGGUCAGCUGACACAUUUUAUACUUCAACAAGUAUUUACAAACGGACUGCAUAAUUACUGUAAUCUGUAAAGUGCUUGGAACAAUCAAACACUGAAAAGCAACAACAGACAUCUCAGGUCUCAAAGUUUUGAUAAUACUAGGUGCCAUUCAGGGACAGUGUGCAACUAUUAUGGCACAGGUACAAUACACUAUCUCAGUAUUAUGUUCUUCUGAGAACCUCUGAUAGACUUUCAAACUGGUGUGGAAGGCACUGGAAGUAGUGAAUACAAUAACAUACAACUGAAUUUUACUAGUAUGUGAGUGACAUCUUCAAAUCAAAGUUGUAUGAAGUUUUAAACAUGAAUAGCCUGAAAAUGUAGAAAUUUUUUCAAUAUGCGUAAUACUUCGCAAGCAGGUUAGAACUUUUUAAUAGAGUACAGCAGUAGCUCUAGUCUCCUUAUCCCCACGAUCAUGUCUACUCAACAUACAGGUUGGUAUUAUAGUUGUCAGUACAUGCAAACACUGGCAGAUCCUAGGGGUUUAAAAUGUGUUGGGAUCACAUUGUUGCUAGUGUUAGUCUGAAGGCCAAAAGGUACAGAGUGCAUAUUUGAGUUUUCCCUCAUUUCUCACAAAUUCAAAUGGGUAUGAUAAAAUUUAGAUACAUUACAUGUAGUUUAUAUAAAUUCAAAAUUUACAGGCUAUAUUUUGUCAAACAAAAGUUUUAAUAUACUGUGCAUUUAAAAAAAUAUAUACAUUAUUGCUGUGCUGAUGCAUGUGUAUAUUGCAUAUUGUACACAACAUAUUUAACAAUACUGUAAAUUUGUGCAAUAUGUACAUAUAUAUAACAAGUAAUAUAUUUUAAAAUGUAUACUGUAUAUUUUGACAGAAAUAUAGCUUAUUUGUAUUUAUAUUCCUUUCAUUUUGGAUUUCAGAAUUUACAGUUUAUGACACUAAAGAUGGAGGUUAAUUUUCUUUAUAUUUUCUGUAAUUUGUUUUACAAAUCUUUCUCAUUUUCUCCCAAUUUGGUAGCCAGUUAUACCCUAUCUGUUCCAAUUAUCGAUUUUAGUGGGGGAUACAUAAUGACCCCGUCCCUCGGCAGCCCAGAGGGAUCUAGCGAUCCAGAGACCAUUUCUUCAAGCCAUAUCGUCUCAGAGCCGUGAUGCCGCGAUUCCGAGGCGACCGGGCGCUGUUGUAUGCAGUGAUCCUACUAACCCGUGCCAGGUCCCUCUCUCAAGCCGAUUAUGCCGCUCCACGAGAGCCGGCAGGACCGGGAAUCGCACCCCAGUCCUCGGUGUGCGACUGUAACGGACUGUAACGCACUGAUGCCUGCAUCGAGGUCCAUUACUUUAGCUGUGUGCCACCACGGCUCCCGCUGUAAAACACUUUUUGCCUUCUUCCUGAGUUUGACUUAAGCACAGCAAAAGACCGAAGGGAAACUGUCACUUUAUCGGAAAGAUUCAUGCUUUGCAGCCGAGUACCCAAAAUGCAGAUCUUUAACCUAAAUGUAUGAUUUACAAUUGGUGUUCCUUUAUUAAUUCUUCCCAACAUGUGCAGUUGUAAUUCGUCUUACCCAGGUGUUUUGUGUUUCAAUGAGUGGGAAACCUGAAGGACCACAAAGUUGCAUUCCAUUUGUUAUUUUUAUUUCCAUACUUAUCCAUUAUUUCAAUUCCCCACUUGUUCAUAGGACCUCACUUGGAGCUUGAAUUGCAAUGGAUGUGUCUUAAUGAAUUCACUCUAUUGUUCAUGUAUUAGUAUUAAGUUAUUUCUCUUCUACUAUUGUCAAAUGAGCAUUUUCAAUCAUGUUAGCUGUGACUGCACAUGUGAGCAGAAUACACAGGUACAUAUUGGUACACAGGUACGUAUUUAAACUAAAUUAAAGGUGUCCGAGAUUAUCAUCAACAAAAACUUAGGCCUCUAUUGGCAAGGUUUUGCUAAAGCUGUUUUUUGAAAGAUUUUUUUAUGUAGCUUGCACUGAAAUUUUGUUUAAUCUAUUUUAUGAGGAAACGCAUUGAAAUGAGCCUCUUCAACUUUCUAUAAUAUGCCAAUUUUUUUGAAUAUCUUAAGGUUUGUGUAUGCUUGAUUCAAAGUGAAGUUGGUUAUAUACAGUAUUAGUUGAUGAUUAUGUAAUAUUUCUGUUUGUAUUCCCUUGAUUUUGGUUUUUCAGUUUUUUUAAAUAUCACUUUAUCACCUUAAUACUUUAGGCAUUGUUUUUAAAACAUGCAUGUGUUUUGUGCUGUUUUGUUGCAUUGAAAUACUGUAAAUAAAAGGGUGUGAUACCCAAAAUUU